AUGCAUUUUCGCCCUCCCAUUCCUUCAUUUGGCGAACUAGAGGAUGACGAACCAGCCGGUGAGGUGUCACUACCCGAUGACAAGCAACAAGAUUACAUCGUUCCGGGUACUACAGGAUAUAUACCAGCACCUCGUACGCCUCCAUUGGGCGGGGCAAGGGCGCUGAAUCCGACCCAUCUUUCCGGCCCAGCCAGUGGUCAUGACGACUGGGACGAUAAGGUUACCCCAAAGGCAUACACGUCACAUGUACCUAUGGUGAUGAGAACCAAUGUCGAGCGCAAGUCGGAUGCAAAUAACGACUCGCCGAUGCUCACAAGCCUUUUACCACCUAGAACUCCUCGACGCAUCUUAAAGCCGAGAGAUACUCCUCAACGGGGUAAGACCAUACCGACGCCCAACGGAGAGGGUCCUUCGGUUUUGGCAAGACUCCCUCAUAAGCGAGCAGCGUCACUUGCUACAGACUUCCUUCCCCAUCUACCAAACGGGUCUUCUCAAGCAUCCAGUCUUGCACCUUCUAUCAAGUUCAAGUCUCCUUCUCAUCGAUCACACACCCAGAGUGAGACGAGGGUACUCGACCCCGUCAAGAAUCUCCAUUGCAGCAUCGACUUUCCACCGACCGAACAUACCAACCUCAUUCUCAUUGCAAACGACCGUAACAUUGAAUUUCACGUCGAAUCCACCCUCAUCUUCAAUGCAUCUCCUGUGCUCGCGGACAUUAUUUCACCGCUCCAAAAGAGUCGCAAAGAGGGCGAAGAGGUAGACGUUUUUGCGCUCCCUGAGACGUACGAAUCGCUGGACGCCAUCGUUCGCUUCAGUUAUCCCAAGUCGCGGAAACCGCUCGUGCGCUCAAUGGGGCACCUCAAACGCCUGCUCAAUGUGUGCAAGACGUACGAGAUAGUAGCAGGCAUGCACAACCUAUCCGUCGUUAUCGUACAGUUUGCUGGCAUGAUGGUCUCCGGCUCAAUGGACGGCUCGCCGUUGGAGUGCUAUGCGCUCGCCUGCGAGUUUGGGUUCCCAAACAUUGCAAAGCUCGUUUCGACGCAUUGUCUCUACCGGGAUCCUCUCAAAUCCGGAGAACUAGGGAUGAUCUUUGCGAAUGUGGCGUCAAGGGACAUACGACGAUUGUUCGAGUUGCACCAUAGUCGCGGUUUAGCGGCAAUUGCGCUCGUUGGUGCAGCGGUGGAUGCGAACGAGUUGUGGUGCGACGGAUGUAGUGGCGUGGCGAGUUGGUACGAAUAUUGGCGAGAGGCAGCCACUUUCGAGCUCAAAAGUCGACCCGUUUCCAAGACAAUCUUCUCGCCUUCGUUUAUUGCGGGCUGUCUGAAACAGGCAGUCAAAAAGUGUCCAACGCGUUGCUUGGGGCACUAUCUGUCACCGAAAACUCAGCUCCGCUUUGCUGUGCUGCAAAAGUCAAUUGACGCUCUGAAGGACCGGAUAUAG